UCAAUGCUGUGAUGUAAAUCUGUUUCGAAUUGGCAACCAGUCGUAUAAUUUAGAUGUCAAAAAAUACAUCUAGAACAGAGUGUUCGCAAUGCGGUGAUUUAACAACCCGUUUUUAAUACUAUUUUCUCGAUGUUGCUGUUGUUUGGCAUUUUUAUUGCAUUUAUUGUUUUUUCUACUGUCAUUCGUUGCACAAACUUAUGAAAAAAAUGAAUGAAUCAGCGUUCUAUUCGCAUUCAACAUGCAUUCCACCGUCUGCUUCCUACAUCUAAAGAUGAACCAGAUCUGAAAGGAGCAUUAUCUAAAUGUUUGCUGUAUGCUGAAAAUAAAUUUCUAUUGGUUGAGGAUGAGUACAUCCGCGGCUGCUUCCGUAUUAUGGCGAAGCUACCGUCUCGCGGACUAAAACGAUUACACAAUGGUGCAGUUUUAAGCGAGCAGCAAUUGGCAUCACCCAUCAUACGUUGGACAACGCCGCAGGAUGAUGAGGAGCAAGCAGUACAGCAGUAUUUGGAGGUGACUUUGGAAAAAGCAGCAACACCGCACAUAUUGUAUGCCUAGCUAGCCCAAUGAGACGCGGCAAAUAUUUUUUAAUUGUUGGGAAUCAACUUAUAGUUGAACCACGGAACUCCAUUCAAGCCUUAGAUUUGUUAUUUAAAAGCUUCAAGGUGUUUGGGGUGGACGUUCCCCCAGAGCUUUACAUGGUGUAUGAUUUUUUAGUUUGCAGUCUACGGAAUUAUCUCACACAGCUCACGAUCAAGUGUGAAUCGACUUGCUGCUUCCUUCCAGCAAGCUUUUCAAGCGGAAGACGGUAAUAAAGAAUAAAUGUACGUAGUGUAAAUAUCGCAAGCAAUGUAAUAUACCGAACGAAAGAAUGUCGUUUAUGAACUCCAUUGAAUGAAUUUGAA